AUGACUUCCCAUCGGCAAGUAUUAGAUGUUACCAGCAACGCUAACCCAACGGAGAUCCGGCAGGCCUACCUUCAUCUGGCACGGCGAUGCCAUCCAGACAAGAACCCCGACGACCGUGAAGCCACCAAGACAUUCCAAAGGAUACAGGCUGCGUAUGUCGCUCUGAACGAAGUUCAGUGUGGCCAAAAUAGUUCUCAGACGUGCGAGGAGAACAACUCUCCGACGAGCGAGGAGAAGUACUACUCUCAGAAGAGCGAGGAGAAGUACUCUCAGAAGAACGAGGAGAAGAAAUCCCAGAACUGGGAGGAGAAGAAAUCCCAGAACUGGGAAAAGAAGAAAUCCCAGAACAGGGAGAAGAAGAAACCCCAGAACAGGGAGAAGAAGAAACCCCAGAACUGGGAGACGAAGAAACCCCAGAACUGGGAGACGAAGAAACCCCAGAACUGGGAGACGAAGAAAUCCCACAACUGGGGGAAGAAGAAAUCCCAGAAACAGGAGAAGAAGAAAUCCCAGAAAUUGGAGAAGAUAUAA